ACGAGCUGGCAAGACAAAAUAAAUCAAGCAACACAAUUUUCUGACAAUAAUCCAGUUCCUUCGUCUAAACACAUACUCGCAUAGUUCCAAUUCAAAAAAUAAUAAAAGCCGCGUUGUAGCAAUCAAUCAAUUAUCAAAAAUCUUCACAAGUUACGUUUACCUUUCUUCGUUUUGCGGUCGGCCAGUUUAAAUUUUGCAGUUGCAUUUGCUUAUUAUAUUGAGAAAAACAUAAAAAAAAAAGAAAACAAGAAACACGUUAUAAACCACAACUGGACAGCCAAUUCGCCAGCGAAUUUGGUCGGCUUUGGCCAAAAGCAAACCAAGCACAAAGAAGAAGAAUACAGCUGGACCGAGGUCACGGAAUAAUACGAUUCCCAGUAAUCAGCUCGUGACCGGAACUGUAUUUGGUUGCUCAGUAGGCAAAGCCUUUGAUGAUUACAAAUGUCUGUCUGUUAAAGUACUCGUAACAAAUCAAAAUAUUUUAUAUAUUUAUAAUCUUCGCAAUUCGAGUACAAACACGGACGUGCUGUAUAUGUGUUAUAUUUUUUAUGUCUGAAAAUUUGGGGGAACUCUAGGAUUAUCAAACGAUACCGUGAAAACUGUGCACUAUUCUCAAGCAAGAAAUUGAAUGCCAACAUGUCUAUGUUUCGUGCACGCGAGACCAAGAAGAGGGCUAGUGUGGUGGUAUCGGUGCCUCCGCUGGUGAAGAAGUCGAGCAAGAGCCGUUCCUUUCAUUUUCGUUAUUUAGAGCUUUGUCGCGCCAAGAACUUGACACCAGUGCCAGACAUACGCUCAAAUCCCAAUGCUACCACAUUCCUAGACUUGUUGGGCGAUAAGCUGGGCGUCAGUGAAUGGCUACUGAUCAUCGAGGCGCUGCACUACGAUCUUGUGCUCCAAACCCUGGUGAUACGCAUGCGCCGCACCAAUGGCAACAAUAUCGUUUUACCCAUCGACACGGAGAACCGAGCACGACUCUUCCGUCAAAAGCCGGUUAUAUAUACGCGCUUUAUUUUUAACAGUCUUGUCGAGGCAAUUGCCAAUUGCGUAAAGCUUAACAAGAAUCUAACCGUACUAAAACUAGAGGGUCUGCCGCUGCAGGAUAGCUAUAUUGAGUGCAUUGCCCAGUCGCUUGCCUCGAAUGACUGCCUCAAGGAGGUGAGCUUCCAGAAAUCUUACAUUGGGGACAAGGGCUGCGAGGCGGUUUGCGGCACCGUCAAAUAUCUGAAUCAUGUGGAAAUCUUCAAUGUUUCCGAAUGCAAUAUAAGCCCAAAGGGUGCUGAAUAUGUCGCCGAUAUGAUUAAGAUGCAAAAGAUUACGCGUUUCUCAGAGGGCUGGGAGAAGUCGCUGCGCUAUCGCAGUGUGGAUGUCGAUUCAAUUUCAGGUCUACGCACAAUUGGUCUGGCCAAUAAUCCAGACUUGGGCGACAACGGACUUCGGCCGAUUGCUGAGGUGCUCAAGGAGGAUGCCUGGGUCAAGUCUAUCGAUGUGGAGAACUGCGGUCUCACCGAUUGUGGCGCUAACAUAAUAUUGGAGUGCCUCAGUUUGAAUAACGCCAUCACCGAGUUCAAUGUGCGGCAUAACGAUGGCAUCAGCAAGUUCCUAAUGCGUCAGAUACGGGAUCAUUUCGGCAAGGAGGAUGAGGAAAAGAUGAAGGAGCCGAAAUAUGAUCUCAGCUGCAUAAAUGGGCUGCAGAGUUUGCCCAAGAGCCAGAAGUACAGCGUUUCCCAGCUGCUUGCGCACACCAAGACCCUGGAGGAGCAGCUAUCCUUGGAGCGCACACUGCGCAAAAAGGCUGAGAAACUGAACGAGAAGCUCAACAACCAGCUUAUGUCCAUGGACCAGGGCACACCGAUGCCGCCGCCACCGCCCGAGAAAGUGGUGGACAACAAUGCACUGCCCAAGGGCUAUGUCCUAGUGAAGAACGACUUGCUGCAAUCCUUUACCAAAACCUUUAAGAACGGGCCGCCCACGGCCAGCCAGUUCAAUCAGUUGGUCAACAGCGCGGUCACCAGCUCCGAUUCAACUCCACGCAGCGCCAAUGCCACACUACGUAAGCAGCAGCAAAUGUAUGAAAUGGAGCAGGCUCCACCUGAGUUACAGGUGCAAGGAAACGACGACGAGAGCGAGCAAGCAUAUGCUGUGAUGGCCGACGGUCAGCAGAUGCGCCAGCAGCUCCAGGUGCGCAAGGUGCGCAGCGAAAUGAAAUAUGUUGAAGCAUUCUCCAAAGAAAAUGCCAAAAAACGCGAGUCCAAAUCUGAUCAUGAAUUUGCCAAUGAGCGCGAUUUCAAGCUUAAUCCCAAUGUGCAGUUUGAGGUGGACAUUGGCGACGGUUGCCUGGUGAACGAGCAGCAAAUGGAACGCAAACGCUAUGAGGGCCGCGAAGAUGGUGACUACUAUGAGCAGGACAUGGCACAGAAGCCACAUGGCAAUGCCCAGUACGAAGGCGAAUACAUUGGGGAUGGGGUGCGCAACGAUAAUCGCAAGCAUAUUGCCAAGAUCAAGAAACAGUAUAGUGAUAUAGGCAACAGCCAGAUGGCCUUGUACAUGGCCGAGCUGGAGCGUAAGAUUAACAGCAAGUCCAGCAAGAAGCGUCACAAAUCCAAGCAACAGUCAAAUGAAUCGAAUCAGGGGCGCGAGGCUGUGAAUGGCGAUUAUAUGCAGGUCGAAUCGUAUAUGGCGAAUAUGGAGGAUUCGUCGGUGGAUUCAGCCACGAAUGGCUCGGACUCUGAGGAAAAUGAGAAGACGGAAGGAACGGCACGUGGACAGGCAGAGAGUGCCAUGCAACCAAUGAAGGUAUUCAUGAGACGCACAACACACUACGAGGAAGAGGAAGUGGAACUAUGCGAUGAUAAAGACACUGAAGAUCAUAUUGUUUCGCCACGUUCCGUCUAUUUGGAUAUGCAGAGGAAAAAGAAUGAAAAUAAUCACUAAAUGCCAACCACCCGAUGCCGCAUCGACACCAACAACAGCAAGAAUAGGAAACUGGCAAUUUUUUGAUACGCUCUCAUAGCAGUCCCGACAGCUCGAACAGAAGAAGAAAAAAACACAACAAAAGAGGAAAGAAUAAACCAAGGAAACAAUACAGGUUUGUUCCACAAUCAGAGCAUGGGGCCAAAUUUGCAGUAACCAAACCCUGGAGAUUAAGUGUCACGCUAGUAGAUGGGAUUUAGCACGCGUUGGUUGUGUAUAUAGAAAUCUUAGUCCGAUCGCGGUUUAGGUUAUGCAGUUAAUUCAAAAUAAAAUACAUUUAAACUAUAUAUCAAGCGCCCACAACUUGCGCGAUUUUGUUAUAAGACAAAACAAAAAUAAAUACACUACAAAGCGCGGCAACAAUAAACUCAUGUAGCCCGAAUUGAAAUUGUUAAUAAAUCAGUAUUUGCGCCUUCCUCAAAUGA